ACGAGUUCCCGAUACAUGACAACACUGGCGCAUACGACAACACUGGAGCACGCGUAUUUAUAUUUUUUAUUAAAAAAACUUCGACUGGGGAAAUGGCAAAUUCAUGGACCAUAACUGAAAUCGGACUGUAAACAGAGCGUAAGCCAGAGUAAAUCCCAGCUGUAUUGAACUUGCACUCGAAGGCCACCCGAACGCAAACCGCAGCACGCGCUCCACUUUGCAUUUUUUCUAUUGGCAACGUUUUUUUUUUAUUGAUGCGGAAUCGGUUUUUGUUUUUGCGAACAAAAGUGGUGAACGCCAGAAAACCAACGGAAAGAGCAACGGAAGGUGGAGAAUCGAUAUAUUUAAAAUCGGAGAAUCAGCAUGGGUCAGACACUAUCCGAGCCGGUGACCGCCAAGGAGUCAUCCUACUGUCAGAAUUCGGCAUUCCGCGUGGGAUCCAGCUGUAUGCAGGGAUGGCGCAUCAACAUGGAGGACUCGCACACACACAUUCUAUCGCUGCCGGACGAUCCGGGGGCAGCCUUCUUUGCGGUGUAUGACGGCCAUGGAGGCGCCACAGUGGCUCAAUAUGCCGGAAAGCAUUUGCACAAGUUCGUUCUCAAGAGGCCGGAGUACAACGACAACGAUAUCGAACGGGCACUGCAGCAGGGCUUUUUGGACAUUGACUACGAAAUGUUACAUAAUGAGUCAUGGGGCGACCAGAUGGCCGGUUCUACGGCCGUCGUCGUUCUGGUCAAGGACAAUAAGCUGUACUGUGCGAAUGCCGGCGAUUCUCGAGCUAUUGCCUGCGUUAACGGAAAGCUGGAGAUCCUCUCCCUGGACCACAAGCCCAACAAUGAGGCGGAAUCAAAGCGAAUCAUUGAGGGCGGAGGAUGGGUGGAGUUCAAUCGCGUGAACGGCAAUCUGGCACUUUCCCGGGCACUAGGCGACUUUGUCUUCAAGCGGGCAAACAAAAAGCCGGAAGAUCAGAUCGUCACAGCCUACCCGGAUGUGGAGACACGGAAAAUCAUGGAGGAUUGGGAAUUCAUCGUGCUGGCCUGCGAUGGCAUUUGGGAUGUGAUGAGCAAUACGGAAGUGCUCGAGUUCUGUCGCACACGCAUCGGAAUGGGCAUGUAUCCGGAGGAGAUUUGCGAAGAGCUGAUGAACCACUGUCUGGCGCCCGACUGCCAAAUGGGCGGCCUCGGUGGCGACAAUAUGACCGUUGUCUUGGUAUGCCUGCUGCACGGUCGUCCGUACAGGGAUCUGAUAGCCCGCUGCCGGAAUAGCAACAAGGAGUCCCAAGAACAGCAAGAUGCCUCCAAAGCUAAGGAAAACGAAUCCGAAGCAGAAGCUGAUGCGGAAACCGAUACCGAAACAGAAACACAAUCGAAUCCCCGCCAGAAUAAGGAGGAGGAUAAGCAGCAGCUGGAAAGGGAGAAAGAGGCACAGGAUGCGCUGCUGGCAGCGGCCGAAAUGCAGCUGAACUAUAUAUACUAACUAGUGCGCCUUAUGAUUAAUUAGGGUUACCUCCACAAUACUUUAUACUUAACAAUCGCAAGUGUUCUUGGUUAAGUUUUUAUAAACACACACAAAGAAAAAAGAAAGCCCCCCACAAACUCAAACACACACACACAGUCCCUAUUGAAAUGUUUGCUCCUCCGAUUAAAAUUACUUGUUUUAAAUUAUAUUAUGUAUCCAUCAAGAUGCGUGUAUAUAUAUAUGCCUUGUCCAACUGUACACUCUAUGAUUUACUAGGUUUUGUGAUGCCCAAGCAAAAUGGAGAAAAAAUUUGUAUUACUCGUUUAGUAUUUAUGUACCUAACUAUACUUGUCAAAGAUUUUGGGAUUUGAUCUAUAAGAAAUGGAAAGUUUUAAGCUCAAGCUGAGUUUUUUGAAAAGUAAAAGAAAAUAAUAAAGAAAAUGUUUUGUAGUGCCCAAGAAA